CCAAUUAUUAAAACGAUGUCGGAACCCAAAAAAAUAUCAUUUGGAUUUUCAAAAAUAAUAAAAAAGCCAGAUUUAAUCAAUUCUAACGUCAAGAAAGAAAAUAUUGAACUAAUAGAUUGUAUUGAGUCAAAAACAAUAAAAGUUGUAAGAAAUGAAUGUGAACAUAAAAAGGAGCCAUUGAUAAUUCCAAUGAAGCAAAAUAAGAAAUUACUUACUAACUUGAUUGAUAUUAUUAAAGAAGAAUCAAAUCCAAUAAAUAAUUCACUUGGUCAAAAAGAUUUUAAAGAAAGUUCUAAUUUAAUUAAUGCUAUUAAAGAAGAAUCAAACCAAAUAAAUAAUUCUCUUGUUCAAAAAGAAUUGAAUGAAAAUAGUGGUAGUUCAAAAAUGGGCAAAUGCUCUUUAGAUAUGUUAGCAGCAAAUGAAAUUAUUAAAGAUUUAAAUAAAGCCCAAACCAGUGAGGUCAAAAUAUUUCAAGUUCCUCUUCCUAAUGAAACAACUACACAAAGUGUAAAUGAGUCAACUUUAGAUGAUUAUGAUAAUAUUCCCAUAGCAGAUUUUGGACUUGCCAUGCUCCGUGGAAUGGGUUGGAAAGAAGGAAAAGGAAUAGGUAAAAGUAAUGAGCAAAUCAAAGUAAGGGUACCUGAACUAAGACCGAAAGGAUUAGGACUGGGAGCAGAUCGACCAACAUCAAAAAGCACAAAUAAGAGUGCGACAAAUAAUACAAAUCCAGAAGAUUUACAAAUAAAAAAGGGAGCUUUUGUUAAAGUGGUGAUGGGCAAGCAUGUAGACUGUUAUGGCCAGAUUGAAGGGCUUGAUGAUUCAGGAAGAUUAUUUAUUAAAAUGGCCCUUGGUGGUAGCAGAAUUUCUUUGAAUGGAUUCAUGGUAGAGCCAAUUAGUAAAGCAGAAUAUGAGAGAAAUGGAAGAGUAUUAAAUUCAAAAAAAUAUGAUGCAUACAAGAAACAAGAACACAGUACAUGUGAAAACAGUGAUGUACAUAAAACACAGAUAAAAAUUGAAGAAAAGACAAUAGUUAAAAGGGAAAAGACACAUGAAAGAGAAUUGGGAAUUAAGAAUUAUCAAAUCAAAGAAAAAGAAAAACAUGAUAAAUACAGGACAUCAACAUAUGAUGCUUCUGACAAAAAGAAAUAUGACAGUUAUAACAAGAAAAAGCAUAAAACAUCUCACAAGAAAAGUAGAAAUCGAAAAUAUAGCUCAGAAGAUUCUAGUGACUAUGAUAAAAGAUCAAAAGACAGAAAGUUUUCUUCAAGAAAAUAGAUAUUCUAAUGAAAAUAAUAAACUUUAAA